GACCAAAUAUCUUUCUCAGUGAAAUCAAAUAAAAAAUUAGUAACAAAAAAAGAAAUAAAUUAAAAUUGAAAGAAAAAAAAGUUUUGGUGCUCCAGAUAUCAAUUACCCGUCAAAUACUGUCAGUGAAACUUCUUGCUGCCUAUAUAUAACGGGACAGCCACCUUCAAAAACCUUACUCUGAAACAUAAAACAGAACCAAAAAAAACUUCGAAUCCAAACCAGAACUUCACAUGAAUCCCUUCAACUUUGACUCCCCAAAUUCAGAUUUCUCAUCGGAAUCUUCAUUCGGGUCGCCGGAAUCCUUUUACAGCAACCAAAAUUCCUUACCCUUCAACGAAAAUGAUUCAGAGGAAAUGCUUCUCUAUGAACUCAUCACAGAGGCCACUGCUACUCAAGAAACAUCAAUGAAAUUAAACUACUCAAUCAAACAAGAAGAAAUCAGCUCAGAAACUAGACAAAAUUCCAAGAAACAAAAGUCAUACAGAGGCGUAAGGAGGCGGCCGUGGGGGAAAUUCGCGGCGGAGAUACGAGAUUCAACACGGCAUGGAGUCAGAGUAUGGUUAGGGACAUUCGACAGUGCAGAAGCAGCCGCAAUGGCGUAUGAUCAAGCGGCGUUUUCCAUGAGAGGCUCCGGCGCGAUUCUUAAUUUUCCGGUGGAGAAAGUUGAAGAGUCGCUUAAAGAUAUUGAGUAUAGUAAUGGUGACGGUGACGAAGAAGAUGGGUGUUCGCCGGUGGUUGCUCUGAAAAGAAAACAUUCGAUGAGAAGAAAAAUGAUGAGCAGGAAUAAGAAAGAAAAUAAUAAUAAUAAUAAUAAUAAUGUUGUGGUUUUGGAAGAUUUAGGUGCUGAUUAUUUGGAACAGCUUUUAAUUACGUCCUCUGAUCAUAAUCAGAAUGCUAAUUGUUGGUCAAUUAAUUAAAUUGAUUAGUAAUCAUUUGUGGGUUUUCUUUUUUCAUCCAUAUAUGGUAGGAUUUAGCAGUGUCGAUUUGGCGGCAAAUCUCAUGCUUAUGUAUAAAUUGAUUCGGUUUUGAAGUAUAGAUUGAUAAAAAGAAAUUGAUUAAGUUUUCA